ACGACGCACCAUAGUUCCUAGGACCUCUCUUCCGACAGAGCAGGAAUACUUAUCAAGAUGCAAAUUUUCGUCAAGACCCUUACGGGUAAGACUAUCACCCUCGAGGUCGAAGCUGCCGACACGAUCGACAAUGUGAAGACCAAGAUUCAAGAAAAGGAAGGCAUUCCACCAGACCAACAACGACUUAUCUUCGCCGGUAAGCAACUCGAGGACGGCCGUACUCUUGCUGACUACAACAUCCAGAAGGAAUCGACUCUUCAUUUGGUCUUACGUCUUCGUGGUGGUGCCAAAAAGCGUAAGAAAAAAACCUACACCACACCCAAGAAGAUCAAACACAAGCGUAAGAAAGUCAAGAUGGCAAUCUUGAAGUACUACAAGGUUGACAGCGAUGGCAAGAUCAAGCGAUUGAGACGAGAGUGCCCUGCUGCUACAUGCGGAGCUGGUGUCUUCAUGGCCUGGCACUUUGACCGUCAGUACUGCGGCAAGUGCGGCCUGACUUACCUCUUUGGGGACUCCAACCUCGCUAAGCCCACAUAGGCUUGAGCCAACUGUCGCAUCAAUGCUCCCUCGGCUGGUGUACAAUUGUUGAUGAUCUAUGAUAUAUGAAUCACCCAUACGCUAAUGUCAUGCGCCCUUCGACC